CUCCCUGUGGCAUGCUUCUCACAUGUCACACAUGUGUUUUCCCUUCAGACGCUCUCAAACAUGCAUGGCUGACAUGCUGUGCAAUGGUAAGGCCCUGGCUUUUCAUCCAGCUAAGGAAGCCAUCCAUCCUGUUUGCUGCAUGCAAUUGUGCCUUCAUUACAUCCUUUAUUCUGAAUGUUAAGGGAGAAUGCUUAACAUAACAGCAUAACAAUUACUCUUUUCAGAUCACAUUCCCUCUACAGUUUGUCUCACCUGCGAGGGAAGGGUCUUGCAUUCCAGAAUGAGAUAGAUGAGCUGAGGACUGAGAUGGAUGAGAUGAGGGACAGCUUCUUUGAAGAGGAUGCUUGCCAGCUGCAAGAAAUGCGCCACGAAUUGGAGAGGGCCAACAAAAACUGCAGGAUCCUUCAGUACCGUCUUCGAAAGGCAGAGCGCAAGAGGCUCCGCUAUGCACAGACCGGGGAGAUUGAUGGAGAACUUCUGCGAAGCUUGGAGCAAGACCUGAAGGUUGCAAAAGACGUUUCAGUGAGACUUCACCAUGAGUUGGAAAACGUGGAAGAAAAACGUACCACCACAGAAGAUGAAAAUGAAAAGUUAAGACAGCAGCUGAUAGAAGUAGAGAUUGCUAAACAGGCUCUGCAGAACGAACUUGACAGGAUGAAAGAGCAAUCCACGAAAAGAAGAGGGAGCAAAGACUUGCAGAAAUCAGAAAAAAAGUCACAGCAGACACCCACUGAGGAGGACAAUGAAGAUCUGAAAUGCCAGUUGCAGUUCAUCAAAGAAGAAGCUACCCUGAUGAGGAAAAAGCUGGCCAAAAUAGAUAAGGAAAAGGACAGAUUUGAACAUGAACUACAAAAAUACCGGUCAUUUUAUGGUGAUCUAGACAGUCCCUUGCCAAAAGGGGAGGCUGGAGGCCCACCUACCACAAGAGAAUCAGAACUCAAGCUUCGUCUGAGGUUAGUAGAGGAAGAAGCCAAUAUUCUGGGAAGGAAAAUAGUGGAGCUGGAAGUAGAAAACAGAGGGCUGAAAGCAGAGCUUGAUGACUUGAGGGGAGAUGAUUUCUCAGGAGCAGCCAACCCCCUUAUGGGGGAGCAGAAUGAAUCACUCUCUGAGUUACGGCAGCAUCUGCAGCUAGUUGAAGAUGAAACGGAGCUGCUGAGAAGAAACUUGGCUGAUGUAGAAGAACAAAACAAGCGCAUCACAGCAGAGCUGAACAAAUACAAAUACAAGACUGGGGCUCAUGACAGUUCAAGGCAUCACGACAGCGCCAAGACAGAAGCGCUCCAGGAAGAGCUCAAAGCUGCCCGCAUGCAGAUCAAUGAACUCAGUGGUAAGGUCAUGCAACUUCAGUAUGAGAACAGAGUCUUGAUGUCUAACAUGCAGCGCUAUGACCUGGCCUCUCAUCUAGGGAUCCGGGGCAGCCCUAGGGACAGUGAUGCUGAAAGCGAUGCAGGGAAGAAAGAAAGUGAUGAUGAUUCUCGUCCUCCACACCGCAAGAGGGAAGGUCCCAUCGGUGGGGAGAGUGACUCAGAGGAGGUCCGCAACAUCCGUUGCUUGACCCCCACUAGAUCCUUCUACCCAGCACCAGCAGGGUGGCAGAAAAGCUUCACAGACCGGCAGCAAAUGAAGGACAUCCGCUGCGAAGCGGAACGCCUGGGCAAGACGAUUGACCGCCUGAUUUCGGACACAAGCACCAUAAUAACAGAGGCAAGAAUUUAUGUGGCAAAUGGGGACCUGUUUGGACUUAUGGAUGAUGAAGAUGAUGGCAGUAGGAUACGGGAGCACGAACUUCUUUACCGAAUAAAUGCCCAGAUGAAGGCAUUUAGAAAAGAGCUCCAGGCCUUUAUUGACACACUAGAAGUUCCAAAGUCUUCAGAUGAUCGAAGUACAGAUGAACCUUUGUCAGUGAGUCAGGUAGACUUUUACUUCAUAAGAUGCCUAGAUAAGAAGUGCAAGAGCUGUAGUUUCUGUAGUAAUCGAUGCUGUAAAAACACUGAAGACUACUCACUGGAAAGAAGGGAUGCCAGCCCUCACAAGUCAAAUAAUAUAGAACACAAAAGAAAUAAAAACCCCCACAACUGAACCAGAAUUGUGCUCAACCAAAAAGCUAGGAUAUAUUUGUAACUGGAACCCUUUCCCCUCCUCACUGCAUUCACUGCUAUGUUACAUCUGGACUG